CAUUUCAAUGGCGUCCAUUAAUAGCAAGACUUCCACUAUCCUCCUCGGUUUGCUAUGUUUAGUUGCAGUGCUGCCAAAAUCUAAUGCAGGAAUUGCAGAAAUGGAUGAUUAUCUCAAGAAAAAGGCUGAGCAAUCUCAUGAAGAGUAUGUCAAUGCUUAUGUUCCCAACCCUGAGGCAGUUGCUGAUGAAAUCAGUAAAGAAGUUGGCGAGACAAUGGAGAAGCAGAUUACGAAGAGGAGGCACCUCAAGGAAGACGGCAACAUGGCUACGAACCCCAUCGACAGGUGCUGGCGCGGUGACAAGAACUGGGCCGACAACCGGAAGAGGCUGGCCGACUGUGUCCUCGGCUUCGGCCGCCACACAACCGGUGGCAAAGACGGAAAAUUCUACGCGGUGACAGAUAACUCGGACGAUGAUGUGGACAACCCUAGGCCCGGCACCCUCCGGCAUGCCGUGAUCCAGGAAGAGCCGCUGUGGAUCAUCUUCGACCACAACAUGGUGAUCAGGCUCAAGGAGGAGCUCAUCUUUGCGAGCGACAAGACCAUCGACGGGCGGGGUGCCAACGUUCGCAUCGCCUACGGCGCCGGCCUCACGCUCCAGUUCGUCCACAACAUCAUCAUCCACAACAUCCGGAUCCACAACAUCGUCCCGGCCCACGGCGGGCUGAUCAGGGACGCCGUCGACCACAUUGGUCUCCGCACCAUGAGCGAUGGUGACGCCAUCUCCAUCUUCGGCUCCAACAACAUCUGGAUCGACCACGUCUCCCUGUCCAAAGCGACCGACGGCCUCAUCGACGCCAUUGAGGGCUCCACCGCCAUCACCAUCUCCAACUGCAAAUUCAACAACCACAAUGCUGUGAUGCUUCUUGGAGCACAUGAUAGUUCUACUCAAGAUAAACUGAUGCAAGCCACGGUUGCAUUCAACCGUUUUGGUGAAGGUUUGGUGCAGAGAAUGCCGAGGUGCAGAUGGGGUUUCUUUCACAUCAUCAACAACUACUAUUCCCACUGGCAAAUGUAUGCCAUUGGCGGCAGCGCCGGCCCCACCAUCAUCAGCCAGGGCAAUCGAUACAAGGCUUCAGACAACUCCAACACCAAGCAGGUGACUAAGAGGGAGUACACUCUCAAGGAGGAGUGGAUGAAGUGGCAAUGGCAAUCCGAAGGCGACGUGUUUGUGAACGGAGCCUACUUCACCGAUUCUGGUCCCAAGAUCAAACACAGCCAUUGGAGUGCUUCGAUCAAGGAACACAUAAUGAAGUUCAGACCGGGCUCGUAUGCAGGCAGGCUAUCGCGGUAUGCAGGCGCCCUCAAGUGCGUUGCAGGGAAACUGUGUUGAUCGAGAGAACUUAGUACGAGUCUUGUACAUCUGUAUCCACCACAUUUAUGGACGUCUAACAAAAAUGUGCCAAUAAACGUGAAAUAUGUUUUAGCAAA